UAGCCGAUGACUGAAGCUCUGUUGCAUGAGGUUUGAUGGAGGUUCUAUCACUCCUAGGAUGGAUGUGUACAUUUUCCUCCAUAGCUGUUCAGUUUGUGGGCCUUGAAAUAUGUUUCAAAAUCUGGAAGAAGGGAACCACUGGAGACAUAUCCCCUGCCCCUUUUGCAGCCAAUCUUAUUGCGGCCUGCCUGUGGGUGAAAUAUGGAUUGAUGACAACAAUACAGUCUGUUAUUAUUGUAAACAGUAUCGGUGCUCUACUGUCCUUGGUUUAUGUGAUAUUCUUCUACGUAUACUCCAUCAGAAAGACUCUGAUUGGUCGAUUUAUGGUAUUCAGUUGCUUAGCAAUAUGUCUGCCCUAUGUAUACAUUGGAAUGUAUAUAGAAGAUGUAAAGCUGGCCAUAGCCCACCUUGGCAAGAUGUGUGUUAUCAUGACAAUUGUCAGCUAUGCAGCUCCACUUGCUUCUCUAUUUGAUGUGUUCAGGAUGCGCAGUACAGAGGUCAUGUCUUUUCCAUUGGUGCUAGCUUAUUUCAUUGUCUCCAUUGAAUGGUUCAUCUAUGGUUCUCUUCUUCAAGAUCAAUAUGUACAGAUGCCAAAUCUAAUAGGUAUUGCUCUAGGAGUCCUCCAACUGGGAUUGUUUGUUAUUUAUCCAAAAUCCAAGACAGCCUUGCCACAAACAACCAGUGAAACUUUGUGACAAUGAUUGAUGGUAUUCAGCCAAUCAAAUUGAAGCUACUGUUACAUCAAAAGUUGAUUAGUGCAUAACGUACUUCCUUCUACAUAGAGUCAUAUUACAAAUCUGUGAUAUUGAAAGGUCAUCAUACAUAAAUUGUAAU